CUGACAGCCCGAAAGGCGGGAUUUCGAUUAUUUUCGCUUUUACCCCUCCUCCUCUGUUUCCAAAUGGAGAGAGGUCUUUUUUCCUCCUCUGUUGAAUCUCAGAGUUCGCGGUGUCGCGGCCCAAGGGAAGACCACAUAGAACACACAGAAUGCUACGACCAUCGAACGGUCCAAGCCGCCGUUUUGUAGAUGGGAAUGGCUUUUUCCACUUUGCCGUUAAAGAUAAAUACCUUUUUUUAAGAGAAACGCUGAAUGUGCAAAGCGGUGGAGACCUCUGGAUCACGAAAUGUUGGGAUGGAAGGCGCAGACUUUGACUCGCCGUCUCCAACAGCAGUAUGAAGUACUUUACGGGUGUGAGAUCACCGAGAGUGAAACUGUGUUGCCUUGGGACAUUACCGCACGCUUUCGGGGAAAUAUUAUAACGUGGAAAAGCAGAACCAGCGCGAAGUCUCCGCAACAUGGCCUCGGCAGCUAAUGCCUCCUCUGAGCAGGAAAACAGGGACACCGAUCGGCCGAGGAUAACGCGGAGGAACAGGGGGAACUAUCUCCCAACAGCGCCUGAUUUGGAGUAUUUGCAGCGGCCAAGUUACUGCGAUGCAGCUUUCGCCUUGCAGCAAAUAUCCGAGGGGAAAGCGUCUGGAAGAAAAGCACCGCUGUGGCUGAGAGCGAAGUUUCAGAGACUCUUGUUUAAAUUGGGCUGUUACAUACAAAAGAACUGUGGAAAGUUUUUGGUUGUGGGCCUCUUGGUAUUCGGAGCUUUCGCUGUUGGUUUACGGGCAGCUAAUCUGGAAACCGACGUGGAGAAACUCUGGGUAGAAGUGGGCGGCAGGGUGAAUCAGGAGCUGAAAUACACACGUCUGAAGAUGGGCGAGGAGUCCAUGUUCAGUCCCCAGCUGAUGAUUCAGGCACCGCGCCAGGAGGGCGCUAACGUGCUCACUUUGGAGGCGCUACAACAACACCUGGACUCAGCCGUCAGUGCCAGCCAAGUGCACGUUUACCUCUUUAACAGACAAUGGAAAUUGGAACAUUUAUGCUACAAAUCAGGAGAAAUGGAUACUGAAGCUCAUUUUGUGAACCAGAUCAUUGAAAAGCUCCACCCCUGUCUCAUCAUCACUCCGCUGGACUGUUUCUGGGAGGGAGCCAAGCUCCAGUCUGGAAUGGUCUACCUCCCUGGCAUAUCACACCCUCUGCAGUGGACCAACUUUGACCCCAAGGAGUUCCUGACAGAGCUUCGGGCUCUGAAGGUCCAGGUAGAUAGCUGGGAGGUGAUGCUGGAGAAGGCUGACGUGGGACAUGGCUACAUGGACCGGCCCUGUCUCAACCCCCAAGACCCCGACUGUCCCCUCACUGCCCCCAACAAGAACACCACCAAGCCCUUUGACUUGGCUCGCAUCCUGACUGGCGGCUGCCAUGGCCUCUCCAGGAAGUACAUGCACUGGCAGGAAGAGCUGAUUGUAGGGGGGACCACCAAGAACGGCACCGGACCACUACUCAGUGCCCAGGCGUUACAGACCAUGUUCCAGCUGAUGACCCCUAAGCAGAUGUUUGAGCACCUGAAGGGCUAUGAGGACGUGUCCCAUAUCAACUGGAACCAAGACAAGGCCGCAGCAAUACUGGAGGCCUGGCAGAGGAAAUACUCAGAGGUGGUAAAGCAGAGUGUAGCAGCCAACUCGUCUCAGAAAGUGUUGACGUUUACCACCACCACUCUGGAAGACAUCCUCAAGUCUUUCUCAGAUGUCAGCAUCAUACGAGUGGCCAGCGGCUACCUGCUCAUGUUGGCCUAUGCCUGUCUGACCAUGCUACGCUGGGACUGUGCUAAGUCUCAAGGAGCUGUUGGACUGGCUGGUGUCCUCUUGGUGGCGCUGUCUGUGGCUGCAGGCCUGGGGCUCUGCUCUCUGCUGGGCAUAUCUUUCAAUGCUGCCACCACACAGGUGCUUCCGUUCCUGGCACUAGGUGUAGGUGUGGAUGAUGUGUUUCUCCUGGCCCAUGCCUUCAGUGAGACAGGACAGAACAAGAGGAUCCCAUUUGAGGACCGUACAGGGGAGUGUUUGAAGAGGACAGGGGCUAGUGUAGCUCUCACCUCCAUCAGUAACGUCACUGCUUUCUUCAUGGCAGCUCUCAUCCCUAUACCUGCCCUACGAGCCUUCUCUCUGCAGGCUGCGGUGGUGGUGGUGUUUAACUUUGCCAUGGUGCUGCUCAUCUUUCCUGCCAUCCUCAGUAUGGACCUGUAUCGCAGAGAGGACCGGCGUUUUGACAUUUUCUGCUGCUUCUACAGCCCUUGCGCUAACAGGGUGAUCCAGAUCGAGCCCCAGGUCCACGUGGACGGAGUGGACAGCAGUCGCUACAGCCCCCCUUCCCCCUCCUACCACACCACCCCUCCCACAUACAGCAGCUCACCCCCGUCCUACAGCAGCCAUGGUUUCUCCCAGCAGACUCAGAUCACCAUGCAGUCUACUGUCCAGUUGACGACAGAGUACGACCCCAGGACUCAGGCCUUUUACACUACGGCCGAACCCAGAUCACAGAUCUCCGUACAACCCUUCACACCCACGCCUGUCGCCACCGGCCCCGCCAACAACCCCAACACCAGUCACGGAAACAACAACCACGGUAGCCGUGGUUCAGGCUCGGUCCCUUCUCCUCCCGAGUCAUCCUCUGGCAUCCCCACGGUCUCCCCCCAAGCGGGGGAAGUGCUGUGUGUGUCGGGGGAGAGUGCUAGCUCCACCAGGGAUCUGCUGUCCCAGUUUGGAGGGGCCUCUCUGGGGCUGCGCUGUCUCGAACCCCAUUGCUCCCAGUGGACCUUGGCCUCCUUUGCCGAGAAGCACUACGCCCCCUUCCUACUGCAGCCCACCACCAAGGUGGUGGUCAUCCUGUUGUUCCUGGCCCUGCUGGUGGUCAGUCUGUACGGGACCACACGGGUACGGGACGGGUUGCAGCUGACAGACAUCGUUCCCAGGGAGACCAGCGAGUACGACUUCAUCGGGGCCCAGUUCAAGUUCUUCUCUUUCUACAACAUGUACGUGGUGACCCAGCGGGCGGAGUACUCCCAGGCCCAGCCACUGCUCUACCAGCUGCACCACAGCUUUAACACAGUCCGCUAUGUACUGCGAGAGGAAGACGGACAGCUACCACGCAUGUGGCUCCACUACUUCAGGGACUGGUUGCAAGCUCUGCAGGAAGCAUUUGACCAGGACUGGGAAGCAGGUUGGAUCACACAGAGCAGCUACAGGAACGGUUCAGACGAUGGGGUCCUGGCCUACAAACUACUGGUACAGACCGGACGCAGGGAAAGGCCCAUCAGCGUUAACCAGCUGACUAGGCAGCGCUUGGUGGAUGCGGAUGGCAUCAUCAACCCGGUGGCAUUUUACAUCUACCUGACUGCGUGGGUCAGCAACGACCCGGUGGCGUACGCAGCCUCGCAGGCCAACAUACGGCCCCACCCUCCGGAGUGGCUCCAUGACCGCACAGACUCCAUGCUCGAGACACGGCUCAGCAUUCCUGCUGCCGAGCCCAUCGAAUAUGCACAGUUUCCAUUCUACCUCAACGGGCUCCGCGAGACCCCCCAGUUUGUGGAGGCCAUCGAGUCGGUGCGAGCCAUCUGCAGUAACUACAGCCGCCAGGGCCUACCCAGCUACCCCAACGGCUACCCCUUCCUCUUCUGGGAGCAGUACGUAGGCCUCAGACACUGGCUGCUGCUCUCCAUCAGCGUGGUGCUAGCCUGCACCUUCCUCGUCUGUGCCCUCUUUCUGCUCAACCCCUGGACUGCCGGCAUCAUCGUUCUGGUCCUGUCUCUGAUGACCGUGGAGCUGUUUGGUAUGAUGGGGCUGAUAGGGAUCAAGCUCAGUGCUGUUCCUGUGGUAAUCCUCAUCGCCUCUGUCGGCAUAGGAGUAGAGUUCACUGUACAUGUUGCUCUAGCGUUCCUCACAUCGAUAGGGGACCGUAACAGGCGGGCAGUGCUGGCGUUAGAACACAUGUUUGCUCCUGUGUUGGACGGAGCCUUCUCUACUCUACUAGGAGUCCUCAUGCUAGCAGGCUCUGAGUUUGACUUCAUCGUCAGGUAUUUCUUUGCUGUGCUGGCCAUCCUGACCAUUCUGGGGGUGCUGAAUGGUUUGGUCCUUCUCCCUGUGUUGCUGUCUUACUUUGGCCCCUAUCCAGAGGUAACCCCUGUUGAUGGGCGUAGCCAGUUACCCACCCCGUCCCCAGAGCCCCCUCCUCCCGUGGUCCACUUCUCCGUCCACCCCUGCCAUACCACCUCAGGGACAGGUACAGGCUCUGACUCGUCAGACUCUGAGUACAGCUCCAACACCACGGCCUCAGGCAUCAGCCAGGACCUGCAGCAGUACGACCUCCCCACCACUAGAAGCAGAGCUGGGAGAGCAGAGGAGUUGCGACGAGGAGCAGUGCCAAGAAGGACAGCUAGACAGGGAAACGCCACAGCCUACUCUUUGUCUUCUUCGGUCCUGCCGGAGUCGGAUGCCCACCCCGGUGCAUCCCGUCGCUUCAGCAAGAGGGACCUACAGUCCCUUCCCCCAGCCCACCCACGCAUGGAGGCUUUUGAAACUGAGGCUGGAGGCCAUUACGGCUCCGGGGGCCAUUUUGUCUCGGGAGGCCACCGAGAACGUUCUGCGGGGCACAGAACCCGUCCAUCCCACAACCCCCGGCCCAAUCACCACCAACCUCACCACUCUAACCCCGCCCCAACUUACUGCCAGCCCAUCACCACGGUAACGGCCUCUGCAUCGGUUACCAUCGCCGUCCACUCUACCUCUCCCCCCACUCAGUGCCCCACCUCCUCUUACCCAGGACACACUGCAGCGGACAGUUACCACACAGCAAGGGGCGCAGAGCCUGAGCCUGCCUUCCAGCACCCCCAUGUGCCACUGGAGGUCCAUACAGGUUGCAGAGGAACAAAGAUGGACACCAAGGUGGAGGCCAUGGAGCUCCAGGAUGUGGAGUGUGAGGCAGCUGAGAGCGACUGUGAUAAGAGGGCAAGCUGAGUGGAGGAGAGCAGAAGCACAACGACAAAGAUGGACUCCCUCUCUCACUCAGCGGCCCAAUGCAGCGCAGCUCAGCGACACACAUAACCCAGUGGUGGGUAGUACCAUGGUGCUCAUUCUUACUGUAACCCCGUGGAUGUUUGUCUUAGAUAUCUCUAUCCAUCAUUAAAACAUGUAUACUUAUGUAAAUAUGAACAAAGAAGUAGCUAUAAUGUAGGAGUUGUACAGCUCCUUUUUUUUAACAGACUGGGGACAUCAUUUCUAUGGCGUGUGUUUUUGGUUUUACUUUCCUUGUCGUGGCCAGAAGUCAUCACAAGCACAGUAAAACAAGAAAAAUGGGAGACAUUUAGCCAGUCCCCACACGGAGAAUGGCUAUUUUAAGCUUAGGGGUUAGGGUUACGAUUAGGGUGAUGGUUAGAAUUAGGUUUAGGGUUAAAUUAGGGGUUAAGGUUAGGGUAAAAAUUAGGGUUAGAUUAAGGCUUAAGGUUAGGGGUUAGGUAAAAUAGGAUUUUGAAUGGGACCAAUUAUUUUGUCCCCACAAGGAUAUUAAAACAAAUGCGCGUGUGUGUGAGAGAAAUCUCUGAUUACUGUUGUUCACUCGUCUGUGGAUCUGUGCCAUGAGGAAGCUUCAUCUAGACAAUACAGUUCAGCAUACAUUGUUGCUGCUUAAGAUAUUCUGUAAUAAUGUAUAAUAACUGUAUAAUAAUUCUAUGCAAAUGUUUAUUUUAUGUUAGAAAGAGGUGAGUGAGUGUAUAAAUGUGAUUGUGGGUUUGUGUUUAUGU